CGACUUGAGAAACUGCAGUAGCGCGGUCACUCCUCUCUUGCACGAGAUCCAGAGACUGACACUCAGGAUAUUGUUUUCUACCGACUGAGGUGAUACUGCCUUCGCUGAAGCAAAAGUGUUGUUUCCUAAAGCUGUUGCAGUCCAGUGAAAUUCUUUCUCAGUAUUUUGUAAGUGGCAUAAAGUGGACAAAAGAGCACUCAACAACAUGGCUGACGUCAGCCAGAACAGCUCUUUUAAUCAAAGCUCAGAAUAUGGAAAUAUCUACAGGCCACAGACAGUGUUCAGCGUCUUGACAUUCACCCUGCUGGCAAUGCUUGUGGUGGCUACAUUUUUCUGGAACAUGCUCGUCCUAGUCACAAUUCUCAGAGUCAGAACAUUCCACCGUGUGCCCCACAACCUGGUGGCCUCCAUGGCCAUAUCUGAUGUUAUGGUGGCUGCUUUGGUGAUGCCUCUCAGUCUUGUUCAUGAGCUCAACGGUCGGCGAUGGAAGUUGGGCCGCGCUCUCUGCCAAGUCUGGAUAUCUUUCGACGUCCUGUGCUGUACGGCCAGCAUUUGGAACGUGACCGCAAUAGCCCUUGACCGUUACUGGUCCAUAACACGCCACCUGGAGUACACGCUGAAAACCCGAAAAAAGAUCUCCAAUGGGAUGAUUGGCUUGACCUGGCUGCUUUCGUCUGUUAUUUCCCUCUCCCCUCUGUUUGGUUGGGGUGAGACGUAUUCAGAGGUGGACAUGGAGUGCCAGGUGAGCCAGGAGCCGUCUUACACCAUCUUUUCCACAUUCGGGGCCUUCUAUCUGCCUCUCUGUGUUGUGCUAUUUGUCUACUGGAAGAUAUACAAAGCUGCUAAAUUCCGUAUUGGAUCAAAGAGGACCAACACCAUCACUCCAGUUGCGGAGGCUGGAGAGGUAAAAGAGGCCUCCAGGCAACAGCCUCAGAUGGUGUUCACUGUCCGCCAUGCCACUGUGACAUUUCAGACCGACAGUGAGACGUGGCGAGAACAGAAGGAGAAGCGAGCGGCUCUGAUGGUGGGCAUCCUCAUCGGAGUGUUCGUCCUGUGCUGGAUCCCUUUCUUCCUCACUGAGCUCAUCACUCCGCUGUGCUCCUGUCACAUUCCUCCGAUAUGGAAGAGUGUCUUCCUCUGGCUGGGUUACUCCAACUCCUUUUUCAACCCGCUCAUUUACACAGCCUUCAACAAGAACUAUAAUAACGCUUUCAGGAAUCUCUUCUCCCGCCAGCGUUGAGAGAUAUAGCGGAAAUCUUGGCCUCGCCACAAAUGCCAUUUUAAACCAUCCUUAAGAUUUGGGGAAGUGUGGUUAUCUGAGCUCUUCAAAAAGCACAGAUUCACAAACGGAAUGAUGUCUGGGUUUUUACUGCCAAGAAAAGUGAUCAUUUGACCCAGUGUCUAGUGAAGAACACUCAGCAAAAAUGUCAAUCUGUUCCCUGUAUUAAAUGAAUAUAGACCACUUUUGGCAUUCAGUUUACAUUUAGCCUACAGUAUGAUGUGAGAUUUAUUUGUUUCAACUGAACUAAUUUUUUUAACAUUAUGUGGCUUCUUCAGUAGAAUGAGUGUAAACUGAGCAUCUUGAUAACACUUUUUUUGAGAGAAAUUUAUACUUUUAUUCAGCAAGGCUGCAUUAAAUCAAAAGUGACAGUAAAGACAUUUAAUUAUACAAAAGGUUACGAGUGUGAUAAUGCGUUUAUACAACAGUUUGACGGCACAAGUGAGUAAAUAAAUAAGAGAUAACUACAGAAUAUCUUUAAAACCCUCUUUUGUGCAGAAAUAUUUCCUUCCACCGCGGAUUCAAAUCUGAAGCUGACAGUUUGCCCAAGGCUCCAUUACUAAUUUUAAAACUAAUUCCCUCCAUUGAAACUCAUUGUAUUUUUGUACAGUAAUAUUGAGAAAGAAAGAGAGAGAUCGCCUGAGCAAGCAUUACCUGUGUCUGAUAUAACAUUCAUUCUUCAGGUCGAUGUCCACAAUAUUAUAUCCAUUAUAAAAAUCCGUUUGAAUGUCCGAUGAGGAAAGCGAUCUUUGUAUUUGUCCUUUUUACAGUUAAGGGAAUUUUCCAUAACAGCGCUAAAACAACGUCCUUUGUUUACAAAAGUCCCUUUUAAUUUAAAAGUCUCUAGGGACUGACUCAUUCACUCCACUUGUAAAUUUUGCCGCCAUCUAAUGGCGUAUUGAUGUAACUUUCACUCAAUCCAUAUUACGCACUAAUGGGUUCUUUCUCAAUACCAAAUACAACAUAUUAUUUUAUAUAAAAUAAUAUUUAUUGAACAACAAUAUUUACAUUAACAACAAUAGCCAUUUUAAAUGACAAUAGAGUACCUCAGGGAUGACGUGUUUUUGUAGGCCAACCCGGAAGUUAGCGGCGUACAGGUUCCCUUGAUCGAAAGCCUAUGCAUUUUUCCCAUUGGAAAAUCGCAAAAAAUAAGCUCUGUGUUUAACAAAGGGUUAUGACACUUACACGUUUUGUCUAUCAAGAUAAUCUUUACAAGUUAACACAACAUUUAUACAUUUUGAAGCCUAAAUAAAGUCGUCAGAUAACAGUAGGCUAUAAACGGACUACAGCACACCAUGGUCGCGGAUCAACGCACCACCACCAAGCUUCCUCAAACUUUAUUUAAAAAACAACUUUAUUUAAAAACAUGCUCGCUGAUUAUGAUCUGUGCUGUAUAUGAAUACUUAUCCACUUUUUCAUGAGAAAUGCUGUCCAAAUGUCCUGUUUGUCAUGAUGACGUCUAAAGUCCCCGCCAAAGGAAGUAGUCCAUUUUAGCAACUUGUUAGCAACUGCCGUUUUUAAGACACAAUAAAGUUUUAAAAAAGCGGGUUAUAACUGGUGUGUUUUAUGUCAUAGAUCAAAACGUGAAAAUAUUUAGAGGCUUGUUAACCACAGACCUUAUUUCAGGCGAUUUAGCAAAAACCAAUUCAAAAACUAGCGUGGAAAACGGAUCUGAAAUGGAGCGCCAUUUUCGGGACAUUGUAAAACUCUAACGUGAACGCUUAGCGUGGCUUAGUUUACUAAGACAGUGUUAUUAACAGACCAAACUAAGUAAACAUCAUAAAGUAUACUAUGUACAGAAAAGCAGAUGAGCCCAGAAUUU